AUGACGUCACCCAGGACGAUGUGCAACAGUUUGGUGGGCCCCCAGAUACGAGGUGUCACUCUUCAGUGGAACCUUGUGAAUGCCACAACAUCAGAAAUAUUGAGGUACCCACUACCAGUCGCUUUCGUGGUGCAGAUGCGAACAGAACUCAUGGCCAGUAACGACGCUGAUGCGUGGACGACACUGGGAACGGGGAGACACGGCCUUGUGCCGAUCACAAAUCUGUCCCGGGAGCGACACCAAUUUAGGGUGACGGCAGUCACUCGUCUGGGACCGAAGGGUAGGCCUCUGACCACUCCAUGGACCGUAUCAAGUGAGGAUAAUCUGAAAGCCCCAGAUGACGUGAGAGUGACCAAGUCUUCCGCAUCUGGGUACUCAAUCACCUCGAGGCUCUCGUGGUCUUACCAGGAAUCAGACGUACCGUCCUGCAACUACGUCAUAGAUCUUCUGCCGGAUAAAGGAACCGUACCGUCAGCACAUUUCAGAGUAUCAAAGCCGUACGACUUGUUCAGCUUUGAUAUGGGUCAGCUAGCCUUCAGCACAAACUACGACCUUCACAUCCGAGCCACCGACACCCUGGGAGAAAAGAAAAGCCUGCCAGCAACAACUUCGUUUCUCACGCCAAGCUGUCUGGACUGCUAUCACUUCAACUUUAGUCUUUGCGCUCAAAGUGCGGGGAAUGUAUACUGUGUACUUGUAUAUUUGGGAUGA